AUGAAUGGCCAGGGCGAUAACUUCGUGGUGAUGAGGCCGGAUCCCCUCAGAUCUCCUGUGUCGAUGUGUAUUCAAUUCAUCAAGUUUUUAUGUUUAUUCUGUUACAAUUGUGCCCGAUGGACGGCGUAUAGUUUCUUUAUUAACCCGGUGGUGUUAUUGUUAAGGGUUUACCAUUUGUUGAUCAUCGAGCCAGUGCUCACCUUAUUUAUCUACGUAUUUGUGGAAAUUCCAUUGCUUCCCAUCAAUUGGUUUCUCAUGAUGAUGUUUGAUUUCAACCUUGUGGGGUAUCUUUCGAACUUCUACCAUUUCAACAAGAAUAACCUCCAUUUUGCGGGGGAGGAAGACUUGUGGAGCACCACCAUCAACAACAUUUAUCAAUCGCAUCAAUAUAGCAACCAUGCGCUUUACAUGAAGAAGCUCCGAUAUGGGUACCAAGAUAGUAAAGGCAAUGGCCAUAAAAAUAAUAAUGGUAAUGGUAAUUCCGAGAGUUUCUUUAGGAGAUUAUUUUCGAAGAAUGUCAGAUCAUGGUGGGACACUGCGGGAACCAGACCACAUUUGGAUUCGAUGCUCGUGGUGUACUUGUUGUACAAGUUUUUGUUCAUUUCGGCGCUCUUUGGGUUUGCGUGCGCUAUUUUCACGAUUGCUGGGUUCUUCAUCACCAAAGUGGUUGUGAAUCCCGUAACGUUGGAGAUUUUUUUCAAAAAAGUGGUGGCAUUGAUUGUGGAAGACCGGAUCAUUGUGGAAGAACCGGCCCAUAACAAGAGAGAACAUUUCCAGACCACCAGUAAUAAUAGCCUUCAUAUCAGUUUUGAUGGUGAUGAUCAAGUGGCCAAGAGCCGGAAAAGUAGUACUGGUGGUGGUGGCCAAGAAGUGGCUGAUGUUGUCAAGCCAGAGAUUGUUCUAUCGUCAUCUCCGGUGUCGGUGGUGGAUACAUCAAUGGAACUAUCACAAACCAUCAAGGAUGAUGAUGGGGAAGAGGAGUUGAUCGCCGAUAAGUAUAGUAAUUUGGAGUACUUGAGGAGCUUGAACCAGGAGGAAGUAAGUACCGGGGUGAGCACUUUGAGAGGAGGAGAUGGUGGUAGUUGUAGUGGCGGCAGUAGUGGUGGUGGUGGCACCAGCGCCGCUGGCAGCAAAGUGAAGAAUAGGAAAUCUCGGACCAGGCGCAAGAGUACUGGUAAUGGUAAUAUUUCUCCCCGUACCAGGAUAAGUGACAGUGGAUCAUCAUCAGCGCGGAAUUUCAACAUUGCGAAAUCGUCAUUGAACGAAAUCACCACUGCGAUAAAUAACCACAAUAUCAUGAUUGACAGCCCUGAAAAAUCGCCCGUGAGAUUACCAUCGAGUGGAUCAUCGUCAAUGGGCGCUGGUACCAUGAACUCGGUGUUCAGUAACAAAAUCAAGGCUUUGGACGCUAGUAUCACCGAAGAGUCGGAGACUUCUGGUACAGAAUCACCAAGUUGA